AUGCAGGGGAAAGGUUCAAAAAUAUUGGGUAAAAAAAGUUUAAUUUAUUUGCCAAUUUUGGGAUGGUGUUGGGUAUUUACGGAGAGUAUAUUUUUAAAACGAGCAUGGCAAACAGAUAAAAAUGUUUUAUUACAUGAUAUACAGCAAUUAGUUGACAAAUAUCCAAAAAACUAUUUUUUUACAUUAUUCUGUUCCUGUGAGGGAACGCGGUUCACAGAAGAAAAACGUUUAGAAAGUAUGAAAAUUGCACGAGAAAAAAAUCUACCAGAAUUAAAAUAUCAUAUAUUACCACGAACAAAAGGUUUAACAUUAUUGUUGCAAGGAAUUAAUAAACAAGUGACGGGUGUAUUGGAUAUAACAGUUGGAUUUACAUCUCUUGAUCCAAACCCAGGCGUACAAAGUCUUAUAAAUGGAAAACGAUGUAUAGCAGAAACAUACAUUAGGUAA